AUGGUUGCGCCGGCUGUGCCCGAGCUUACCGAGGAGAUUCUCUCUGAAUCAAUUGAAGCCCGAACCGAAUCCCUCAUCUCCCUUCGCGAGCUUGGCCCUCCCGACCUUGUUCAUCUCCUGAAGCAGGCCACGAGAAACCCUGGGAAGCAGAUCGGGGUCUACCACCACGUCACCGGUGUCGACGCUUCGUCCUCGGCCAGUCUUGCUGCCUACAUCAACACCCUGACCUACCGCGAGCAUGGCCAGGCUGUGCAAACAAAGAUCUCGGAAGGUCUCUACUGGUAUGCGAACCUUUUCAACAUCGAGCCCGAGUUCAAGUAG